UGACGAAACAAUGCACUAUUGAGCUUCCUCCUUACUACUAGUACUAGUAUUAUCUGCGCAUACUUACCGUAUCCUGCCGACUCUCUCUAUCUCCAGCUUUCCGGUUGAGACUUUCUCUCUCUCCUCUUUUCUCUCCUCCCUGUUUCGACUCGUAUUCACAAGAUACCGAAGUAUACUCAGAAUGGCCUCUCGUUGGUGGCUCGUCGUCCAGGCCGUCUUCUGGCGAUUUCUAAUGCGCAUUGGCAUGUUUAUCCAUGAUAUCGCGUCUCCUCGUCCUCCCAGUCCGUCCUUUACCCGCUCAAUUCCCUCCGGCGACGACGACUCGACCUACGGCUCUGGCGCCCUUCUCCACUUCUACUGUCCUCCUGGAUAUUACCGCACUCGCAAAGAAGGCCGUCGUUUACCUGUGGUGGUGAAUUUCCAUGGCGGAGGUUUUACCCUGGGCUGUGCUACCGACGACGGUCGCUGGGCUCGCUGCGUCAUUCAUGAGGUCGGAGCAGUCGUGGUGAGCGUGGCUUAUCGUCGAGCCCCCGAACACCCUUUUCCUGUUGCAGUGGAUGACGGCGUGGAUGCCCUACAGUAUCUCGCGCGACAUGCAGGCGAACUGGGUUUGGAUGUCAGCCGGAUCGUGCUGAGCGGCUUCUCGGCCGGUGGCAAUCUGGCCGUGACGGUUCCACUGCGACUCCGCGACCGCAUGGUGCGGGAGGUAUAUCCGUAUCCAGCCUCGACGGCCAGCACCAGCAAUCUGAGCCGGGCGGAUUCGACACAGAAACUCGUGGAUAUGUCUAAUGACUUGCAUAUUGUCGGGUUGUUCUGCUGGUAUCCCAUUCUGGAUUUCGAAGAGUCACGAGAUCACCGCCGCGCUCGCAGCGCCUUUCCGAACAAGACCCUCCCGAGGUUCUUCACCAACCUCUUCGAUGAGGCGUAUCUGCCAGAUUUCGAGGAACGGAAGUCGCCCUAUGCGUCGCCCAUCCGUGCACCCGACGAAAUUCUUGCCGAUGCCCUUCCGCACGAUAUCUACCUGUACAUCUGUGAAUGGGACAUGUUACUGAAUGAGGGCCAGUUGUUUGUCAGGCGGUUACAGGAUCUAGGUAAACGCGUGCGAGCCAUGAUGAUCGAGAAAGCCAUCCAUGCUUGGGACAAGUCGCCUAACCCCUUCCGCGACCAGGACAAGGUUGACAUCUUGUAUUCCGAUGCGUGUGCUGACAUGAAAGCUAUUUUUGAGCGUUGAUCGCUCACUCGUUAUUGUAUUCUACUCGCUCAGGAAGCGUUUUUCUUUUCACAUGGGAUGAAUGGCGUUGGUUGAUAUGUACAUAGCAUCUAGAAAUCCAAGAGAUUACAUGUUAUGACCUAG